UUUUGGCUAUCGUGAUUACGAAGGUACGACGAAAAAUUUCGAUUUAAAGUGAAUUUUCUGCAUUUUUAGGUCAAUUUCGUUACUUUACGAGACACAACUACGUCCUCUGUUCGUAUUUCGCACUUGAAAUGGCAUCAAAACGAAUUUCUCAAAGCGCCGUCAACUGGGCAGCGUUCGCGGAGCGCGUUCACCCAUCGCAACGUCUGCAAUUCAACACGUUCAAGAACAAGAGCGACAAAUACUUGCGUGCGGUUCAAGCUAACCCCGAAUCAGCGCCUGCCAUCGAUUGGGCCAAGUACAAGAAGAACAUCGCUGUCGCCGGCAUGGUUGACAACUUCCAAAAGCAGUACGAGGCAUUGAAGGUCCCCUAUCCCGUGGACAAACUCACGUCCGAAGUCGACAAGCAAGCCAAGGAAGUCGAGGUCGAGAUCCAGCAAUUCAUUGUUGAGUCGAACAAGCGCAUCGAGGAGCACAAGAAGGAAUUGGCUCACAUUGCGUCGUUGUUGCCCUUCAACCAAAUGACGUACGAGGACUUUAGAGAUUCGUAUCCCGAACAGGCGCUCGAUCCCAUCAAUAGACCCACGUAUUGGCCACACACACCCGAGGAACAACCCGGCAUGGAACCACCAAAGGAGGAGCAUCAUUAAGAUGUUGUCGUCGUUGGCGUUCAGCGGAUGUCGUCGUGAAAAAAUGCUAGAAAUUUCUUGUUGAAAAAAAUUAAUUAAUUCAAAUGUUUCGUAAAUGUCGUGCGAGGCAAAUGCAAUCCAAGAUCCCGCAAUUUACUGAAUAAAAUUUAAUGAAUAUCCAAAA